CCGGGCUCUCUCUCGCACUUGGUCCUUUAGUCCAGAUGAUAUCGGCAGAGUACCUGCUUUACACGAUAACAUACACCGUAAAUGUACAUUCGUAUUCGGCAUUGAGGCCCUUCUCCAUACCUGGGUUCCUACCUAGAUAGUUUAUGAUAUCGGGUUUUCCUCCCUUCAAGAAUGCGCAUUUGGGGGCCUUUCGCCCCCAUCUCCAACAAGCCGCCCCAUCAUCGCCCUCGCAUUCGAAUGCGCGGGAAUUUGGCAGAGCUAGCGCGGAGGUGGAUCAGGGAGGGGGGUGUGAUUCUCUGGGUCCCCUCGUGUCCUGUGUUCUUUCCUUCUGUUGCUGCUUUGCCCCAUCGAGGCGUCCAUGUGUGUGACCCGAGGCUGGGCUCGGUUCCUUCCAUUUGGUUGGAGGGGAACCCCGUCCCCUGCUGUAUGUACUGUAUGCACGUACUCGUACUUGGACAGCACUGUCUGUACCCGCAAGGCACCGCCCACGAGGGCCGCGCGUGGAGUGGUUUCUGUGCGCGGACGGCUGCUCGGUUGAAGGGCGCCGACGCCACAAAAUGCAACGCCAGUGUUUUGGUCACUUUGUGUCGCUUUUUUGUUCCAGUCGAGCCGAACCGACUGUGGCACCAGAGACCGAGGAAGCAGGGAGGUGAGAAUAAUCUGCAUAGCUUCCCUGGGAGGCGUUCCAGAAUCUCACAGCUGCCCGGCUUGCUGUUGCCAGUCAUCUACUUAUUCUCCUCUCAUCUCAGAACCGAAAAACGUGGCGGGGGGAAAGGGCUGACCCAAGACGGGUGGUCGCGCUGGCGGGCUUGACAGAAGGUGGUUUGUCAGAUCUUUAUUUUUGUCUUUGGAGGGGCAAGGGGGGAGGGGUUUCGUCAGCCGCUUGUCGUUGGGAAGACCGCGACGAAAGCCCAAUGCGGAUUAAAUUUCCUAACCACCACGUCGACCUGCCGGCGGAGAAUUGUACUGGCUUAAUUUUUUUUUUUGGGGGGGGGGGAGAGGGGUCUGUUGGUGAAAGUCAUUUGAUUCAUU